GUUUGUCAUCAUCACUAUGAUCCUAAUGGCUGUCUCUCUCGGCAUGUCGGUGUUCGUCAUGUACGCCUGCGACUCGUCCAUGGGAGCGCGCACCAUACCGGACUGGUCCAGAAAGGUGUUCCUGAAGUACGUGGCGACCCUACUGUUGAUGGGGGACCUCUCCAAGCAGGGCAUGGCGGAGUCUGCUGACUGCCAGGGAGAGUACAGCCCACCGGACCUGACCGCCCUCAAUAGUGUGGACAACAACAAGCACAACGACAACAACACCAACUCCAACGACAAGGCCACGUUAGCGCUCCAUCACCUGGUGGACAAUCUGCAGUGCGUGCAGCAGAACCUGGCGGGACUGCUGAUGCACGCGCGGAGGAUGGAGAAGAACAGGGCGCUGGAGAGGGAGUGGAGGAGCCUGGCCAAAGUGCUGGACCGCAUCUGCAUGCUGCUGUAUCUGGUGACAGCAACUUCAUGUUUAAUCGCAUUCGCCACGGAGGCCUGAACAUUCGCAUAUAUAGACAUUGCAUUAGACUCUACACCGGCGGAAAGCAACGAUGGGGAAACAAACUGACAGGAUCACAAAAGCUUAAGGC